AUGUCGCCCACAACGUUAAGCGCUGCAGAGGAGCAGUGGCGAGCUCAGGUCGCGGCCAUGAAGGCCGCCCUGGCCGAGCUCAAGCUACCGGCUACCAAGCCUGCGCCCGUGCUUGAUUAUGACGAGGACGAAGACGAUGACAGCUACGGCUACAGCUCGUCUGGCGCCGGCGAUGGCCAUGACGUCUGGGACUUUAUCUCGGACAGCGAACUGGAGGAGCUCGGGCUAGACAGCGGCGAUCUUAUGGACGGCACCGAUGGCUUGGACGAAUUUUCUGCGUAUGGCCCGGAGUGGCUGGCUAUCAAGUGCUCCGAGGUAUCGGCGCGAAAAGACGGACUCAACCCGAGCACCUUCCAGGACCAGAUCGUGGGCAUCUUGGCCUCAUCGCAAUCCGAAGACGUGCUGUCGUCCCAACUGACGGACCUUGUUGGAUUUGACGACCUGGACUUCGUCAUAGAACUCAUCUCGCACAGAGACGAUAUUCUCGCCGGCAUCGCACCGCAGAACGGAGGCCAGAGCAACGGACCGGCUGGCCCGAGACUAUUGACAAGAUCCGAGCGAGAGGAGGCCCUCCGCCAACAAGACGUCCGGCACAAGACGGCCGCCUUGGGACCCACGAGGUCCAAAGAGCCGGUCUACCCGCACGUGUACAAGGCGUACUCGGCAGGUAACGCUUUGAGUUUUGCCGGAAAGAAGUAUGGCCUGCCCCCUGGCAGCGAGCGCAAGAUCUUUGAGAAGUACGAAGAGUACGAGAUCCCCGCAGGGAAGGCUGGCGGCCUCCUCCCCGGCCAUAGUCUUGUCAAAAUCUCCGACCUGGACGGGCUCUGUAGGAGGACAUUUGUCGGAUACAAGUCCCUCAACAGAAUGCAGAGUCUUGUUUACCCUGUCGCAUACAAGACUAGCGAGAACAUGCUCAUCUGCGCCCCUACUGGAGCUGGUAAAACUGAUGCGGCAAUGCUGACCAUCUUGCACACAAUCGGCCAAUAUAUCACGCCAAGCCCCUGGGAAGACCCUGAAGCUACGGAAUUCGCCGUUCAUAUAGAAGAUUUCAAAAUCGUCUAUGUUGCUCCGAUGAAGGCUCUAGCCGCGGAAAUCACCGAGAAACUGGGAAAGCGCCUGGCUUGGCUAGGCAUCAAGUGUCGCGAGUUCACUGGCGAUAUGCAUUUGACCAAGUCCGAGAUUGUUCAGACACAGAUCAUUGUGACCACCCCUGAAAAAUGGGAUGUGGUCACUCGAAAGGGCACGGGCGACACUGAACUGGUCCAGAAGGUUAGACUGCUCAUCAUCGAUGAGGUCCACAUGCUGCACGAUGAGCGAGGCGCUGUUCUCGAGUCUCUUGUUGCAAGAACGGAGAGGCAGGUGGAAAGCACGCAGUCUCUGAUCCGCAUCGUCGGUCUGAGCGCUACCCUACCUAACUAUAUCGAUGUGGCCGACUUUCUGAAGGUCAACCGUAUGGCCGGCCUGUUCUACUUUGACGCGUCUUUCCGUCCGGUUCCCUUGGAGCAACAUUUCAUUGGCGUCAGGGGUAAAGCCAAACAGGCAAAAGAGAACCUGGACACCGUCGCCUUUGAGAAGGUCAAGGAAAUGCUCGAGCUGGACCAUCAGGUCAUGGUAUUCGUCCACUCCCGCAGGGACACCCUCGUCACAGCCAAGAUGCUCUACGAGAAGGCUGUAGAGGAUGUCUGUGUUGAUCUCUUUGAUCCCUCAGAGCAUCCCAAAUUCGACGCCGCAGUCAGUUCCAUGAAGACUUCAAAGGCAAAGGAAAUUCGAGAGCUCGUCAACAAGGGCCUUGGAAUUCAUCAUGCGGGCAUGGCUCGUUCAGAUCGGAACCUCAUGGAGAGGCUGUUCGCUGAAGGUGUCAUCAAGGUUCUGUGCUGUACAGCCACUCUUGCCUGGGGUGUCAACUUGCCCGCUGCAGCAGUCGUCAUCAAAGGAACACAGGUAUACAGUGCCCAAGACGGUAAAUUCAUUGACCUCGGCAUUCUCGAUGUGCUUCAGAUCUUUGGCCGUGCUGGUCGGCCCCAGUUCGAGGACACUGGUAUCGGCAUGAUCUGUACGACUAUCGACAAGCUUGAUCAUUACUUGACAGCGGUUACCAACCAAGUGCCGAUAGAGUCUAGGUUCUCGUCCAAGCUCGUGGACAACCUGAAUGCUGAGAUAUCUCUGGGCACCGUGACCUCGAUCCCCGAGGCAGUGCAGUGGAUUGGAUACUCGUACCUGUAUGUGCGCAUGCGGAAGAACCCCAUGGCGUACGGCAUCGACUGGGCAGAAGCCUCAGAUGAUCCGACUCUGGUGCAGAGGCGAAGACAGCUCGCUAUCCAGGCAGCACGGACCCUUCAGAAGUGCCAGAUGAUCAUCUUCAACGAGACCACGGAGGAGCUGCGAAGCAAGGAUGUUGGCCGAAUUGCCAGUCAAUACUACAUCUCUCACACGAGUAUCGAAAUUUUCAACACCAUGAUGACUCCCUAUGCCACCGAAGCCGACAUCCUGAAGAUGAUCUCCAUGAGUGGAGAGUUCGACAACAUCCAAUCGAGAGACAGCGAGGCGGAUGAGUUGACCAAUAUGCGACGCAAUGAGAGGAUCGUCCCAUGCGAUAUCGAUGGCGGGAUCGACACUCCCCAGGCCAAGACGAACAUUCUCCUGCAGGCAUACAUAUCUCAGGCGCAGCCCGACGAUUUCGCGCUGACCAAUGAUCUGAACUACGUUGCCCAGCAGGCGGGCCGCAUCUGCCGCGCGCUCUUUAUGAUCGCGUUGAACAGGCGCUGGGGACACCAGUGCCUUGUCCUGCUUACCUUGGCCAAGUCCAUCGAGAAGAGGGUCUGGCCCUUCCAGACCCCUCUUCAUCAGUUCGAGCUUCCAAAGACUGUCCUCAGGCACCUGGACCUGAAGACAUCUGUUGGCAUCGAGGCUAUGCGAGAUAUGGAGCCUGCCGAGAUUGGCAGUCUUGUUCAUAACAAUGGUGCAGGUGCGAAGAUUGCCAAGAUUCUCAACAACUUCCCCACAAUCACUGUAGAGUCUGAGAUUGCGCCUCUCAACCGAGACGUCUUGAGGAUCAAACUCUAUAUCACGCCUGACUUCCGCUGGAACGACUACAUCCAUGGCACCUCUGAGUCCUACUACAUCUGGGUGGAGAACUCCGAGACAUCGGAGAUCUACCAUCACGAGUUCUUCAUCUUGAACCGGAGGAAGCUGCAUGAUGACCAUGAGAUGAAUUUCACCAUCCCUCUGGCGGAUCCGCUGCCGAAUCAGAUCUAUGUACGGGCUGUUUCCGAUAGAUGGCUGGGGGCCGAGAGCGUCCUACCAGUCUCGUUCCAGCAUCUGAUCCGUCCUGACACCGAGAGUGUGUACACGGAAUUGCUCAACCUGCAGCCACUCCCAAUCACUGCCCUAAAAAACCCGAUCCUUGAGGAUCUUUACAGCCAGAGAUUUGAUUAUUUCAACCCCAUGCAGACUCAGAUCUUCCACACAUUGUACCACACCCCCGCAAACGUCCUUCUAGGAUCUCCCACUGGCAGUGGCAAGACGGUGGCUGCCGAAUUGGCCAUGUGGUGGGCUUUCAGAGAGCGACCAGGCUCAAAGGUGGUUUACAUUGCUCCCAUGAAGGCGCUUGUCCGUGAGCGCGUGAAAGACUGGGGUGCUCGGCUGGCCAGGCCAAUGGGUCUCAAGCUUGUUGAGUUGACGGGCGACAAUACGCCUGAUACUCGAACCAUCAAGGAUGCAGACAUCAUCAUCACGACACCGGAGAAGUGGGAUGGCAUAUCCCGUAGUUGGCAGACGAGAGGGUACGUCCGCCAAGUCAGUCUCGUCAUCAUCGAUGAGAUCCACCUUCUUGCGGGCGACCGUGGCCCGAUUCUGGAGAUCAUCGUUUCUCGAAUGAACUACAUCGCCACGUCUACAAAGAACGCUGUUCGCCUGCUGGGCAUGUCGACGGCUUGUGCGAAUGCGACAGACCUUGCAAACUGGUUGGGAGUCAAGGAGGGGUUGUUCAACUUCAGACACUCCGUCCGACCUGUGCCCCUGGAACUAUACAUCGAUGGGUUUCCGGAGGUUCGAGGUUUCUGUCCGCUCAUGCAGUCUAUGAAUCGGCCGACCUUCCUGGCUGUCAAGAAUCACAGCCCGGACAAGCCGGUCAUCGUCUUUGUACCUUCGCGUCGACAGACCCGCUUGACAGCCAAGGAUCUGAUCAACCUCUGUGGAAUGGAAGACAACCCGCGGCGCUUCUUGCACAUGGAAGAAGAGGAUCUUCAGCUCAACCUGGCGCGUGUCAAAGACGAUGCCUUGAAGGAAGCUAUCAGCUUCGGUAUCGGCCUGCAUCACGCUGGCCUUGUCGAGUCGGACCGCCAGCUUGCCGAGGAGCUCUUCUUGAAUGGCAGUAUUCAGAUUCUAGUCGCGACCAGCACUCUUGCGUGGGGCGUCAAUUUGCCCGCCCAUCUCGUGGUUGUCAAAGGAACUCAGUUCUACGACGCGAAGAUUGAGGGUUACAAGGACAUGGAUCUGACCGAUGUCCUCCAGAUGUUGGGCAGGGCAGGACGGCCUCAGUUCGACAACUCCGGAGUGGCGCGGAUCUUUACGCAGGAGUCGAAGAAGGACUUUUACAAGCACUUCCUGCACACGGGAUUCCCGGUCGAAUCGUCUCUGCACACGGUGCUGGACAACCAUUUGUGCGCAGAAGUCUCAGCCGAGACAAUCGUCACCAAGCAGGAUGCUUUGGACUACUUGACGUGGACGUUCUUCUUCCGCCGACUGCACAAGAACCCGUCCUACUACGGCCUAGAGAUCUCUGCCGAAGACCACAACAGCAUCACGGCUCAGCAGGUGGCCAACGAGUUCAUGAUCGAGAUGGUAGAUAACUCGCUCUCCGAGCUCGCCAAAUCCAAGUGCGUCGAAGUCUUCCCUAACGGCGACGUCGACCCGACGCCGCUUGGUAAGAUCAUGAGUUACUACUACCUGUCCCACAAGACGAUCCGGUACCUGGCCAAGCACGCCAAACCCAAGGCCUCGUUCCUCGAUGUGCUCUCUUGGAUGUGCCGAGCGACCGAGUACGACGAGCUACCUGUGCGGCACAACGAAGACCUCAUCAAUGCCGAGCUCUCUCGCAACCUGACCUACACUGGAGCCUCUUUCGGUCUGCCCAUGUGGGAUCCCCAUGUCAAAGCAUUCCUCCUCCUGCAGGCCCACAUGUCGAGGAUCACACUUCCCAUCACCGAUUACGUCGGCGACCAGACCAGCGUCCUCGACCAGGCAAUUCGUAUCAUCCAGGCCUCCGUCGACGUCAUCACCGAGAUGGGCUUCCUGUCGAGCUGCCUCGAGAUGAUCAAGUUACUGCAGUGCAUCAAGUCUGCCCGCUGGCCGACCGAGCCCCCCUUGUCCAUCCUGCCGACCUUGGACCCGGAGAGGGUCAAGAACAACACCACGCUGCAGAAGCUGACCGCCAUGAACCAGGGCCAGUGGACCAAGCUGGCCAAGGAGCUGCACGUCCCCGCCAGCCAGCAGCCUCGCUUCCUGAAGGCCAUCUCGGUGCUCCCGAACGUGGCCGUCUCCGUCGCCGACGUCACCUCCCUCUCGCUGACCGUGCACCUGAAGCGGCUCAACGCCGUCGUCGAGCGCGAGGCGCGCAUCUACGCGCCCCGGUUCCCCAAGCCGCAGAACGAGGGCUGGUUCGUCAUCGUGGCCGACACGGCCGGCGAUGAGAUCGUCGCCGUCAAGAGGGUCGGCUGGAGCCAGGGCGCGGGCUCGAGCGUGGCCGUGGGAUCCAGGCCCUCGGCGCGGGCGGUGCUGAGGCUGCCCGAGCCCGAGGGUGGCAAGGCCAGGAAGCUGGACGUGCUUGUCGUGAGCGAUGGGUAUGUCGGUCUGGAGUACCUUGUCAAGGGGGUGGACAUCCCCGCGCUGCCUGUCGUUGACGAUGAUGUGAGCAAAGGGAAGGGGGAGGGGAAGAACGUGUCUGGCGGGAGCGAGGCUGAAGGCGCGGGUGGCCCGUCUGGAUCCAAUCCCUCGCUAUCAUCCAGCACUUCCUCUUUACCUCCACUCCAGCAAGAAACAGCAUUGCUCGGGAUAGCAAAGAUGGCCUUCCCCCAGCGAGCGACCUUCAUCGUCCCGGUGAUAGUCGAGCCCGAGCCCUCGUCAUCAGAGGCGGGCCCGUCUACUCCUCGUGCGAAGAACCAGUCCAGAAAGACUGGAAAAGUCCGCACUGCCGGCACGGCCAAGACGGAGGCUAGCAUCCCCUUGUCCACUACCUUCUAUUUCGACCUGACGGGCCGGGACUUGCCUGCUUCGCUCCGUCGCGAGAGGGUCAUCGUCCUCGACAGCUAUGCCGCCGGAACCUCGGCCGUUGCCGUUCGCAUGAUUGAGAGCGCGACCCGGUUCGGCUCUCUGUGA